AUGAGCUGGCUCGAAAAGGACUGGGUGGGUCAGACAGGGUUGAAGUGGUGGAAGGAAAGGUUUCUGACGGCAAAGGAUGAGCUGCUGAAUGAGGUCGAUGAAUGUAUUGAGCAAGACAUCAAGCUUCACAGCCUCACAUGGAUGCUGCAAGAGGUUGAGAUCGCGAAUCUGACAGUGUCCAUGCUGUCGGAAGAUCAGGAUUGGUACAGAGACUACGUGGAAGAGCAUGCCAAGAAGCGCAAGGAGAAGAAUCCUCUCGAUGAUGAUUACUGGAGCGAAGACGAGGAGCAGGAGGAAGAGGAUGGGGUGGAGGAUGGCGAAGCGAAGCAUACGCAAUCCUUCGCCUCCCAACGGUGGGAAGAGAUGUUCUCCGACAUGGGCAACGCGUUACAGCAAGUGCGAGCUCUGAGCUCCGAUGUGGUGGAAUGGAUUCACGUUGGUGGGAGGAGGAGGAUGGGCAAGCAAGUCUGGCACUGCUGGAGGGUUUUCUCCCGCUGCCGGAAGCUACACCAGCACAGCAGGAGGAUACGGCUGAUCGCGGGACUAGACAUCUACCAGAGGCUGAUGAAGGAGCCAAACUUUGGAGUAAAGAGGAAGAUAAUCUCUCCUGCGGCAAGAGAUUUCUGGUACAGGCAGGUGGUUCCAAAAGUGCUGGCUAGCGUGACGGUCAUGGAGAAAAGGAGCGUGCCAUGUGUACACCCGAGCAGGAUAGAGGAAGUACUCGCAUGCAAAGACGCGGUCACUCAAGCUCCCAUACAACUCGUGGCGGAAGAGAUCAUCCGAUACUUUAAGCUGAGCAGGGAAGAAAUGCUCGUCCUGCCCUACCUGCUGGGAUCCGGAUGCUGCGACUACCAUCAUGGAGGGAAGUUCACGUUCGGGGCAGACCCCUGCUGCCAUGCUGAGGCUAUCGGAGAUCUCAGAGACAAGCUCAGGGCGUUUGAGGAGAGCGGGUCGGGUAUGGAGAGGAGGAAGGGGGACAAGGAUGCGGAUGGGGAGCGAGCAUGGCGGCAGUUUGUGGAUGAGGUAGAGCAUAGGAGGAGGAUGCUGGAUGAUGCUGUGGAGGCGACGCAAGAGUUCAUAGACUGCAGGCAGCUGCAAGUGAUCAUCGACUACUGGUUGGGGGAGGACGAGGACGAGGACGAGGAAGGGGACGAGGAAGGGGACGAGAACGAGGAAGGGGACGAGAACGAGGACAGACACAAGGACGAGGACGAGGACGAGGACGAGGAUGAGGACGAGGACGAGGACGAGGACGAGGACAGGGAUGGGGACGGGCAAUUGAAUGAAUCCAAAAAGUUACGCAAAGGAAUUCUCCCGCACAUGUAUGUUGAGACAGGGAGGAAUGCCUCUCUCCUCCUCAAGCUAUCAUUCGAGCUCAACCUCCGGGCUCGAAACCUCUUCCCUAUCAGGGCAAAGCACGAGGGGUCGACGAGCAUGAGCCCAGCAGGCAAGUUCCGCUCCCUCGUCUUGGUCCUCAUUGGAGCCGUGCGACUAUGGCGAUCAACCCCCAAGGGGUUGCAGGCGUGGAUGAAGAAAAGAUUUGCGGAGAGCGAGGACGCGUCGGAGACUUUGAACAGAAGUCAAGUAAUGGUGGAGGAGAAGCUGGAGCUCGCCAUCUCCAGAGAAAAGCUCGAGGACGUGGCGUUGCUGCAAGCGGAGCUGUCGAACGUGCGUGCCAGGAUGAAGGAGGAAGAGAGCUUGAGGGAUCGCCUGAGGGAUCGCAUGUACGAGCUCAGCUCAGCUGACCUCGGUAAGGCGAAGGAGAUGGGUGGAGGUGUUAGGAAGAUGAAGGCUGAGGACAGGCGGCCGCAAAGUCUCUUGUUCAAGAAGUCAAGUCUUAUGAUUGCCGACUGGUUCUACUUCGACCAGUCCAUGGACAGUGUCCGCCUCCUAGUGCAGGAGGCUCCCCCUGGAACCUUCUUGCUGAGAUACUCCAAGGAACCUGGCAUCCUCGUUGCAAACUGGUCGAUGGGGGUGGGGCAGCAGAUGAAGUCUGCGAGGAUCUACAGGCUGCAGCAUCAAGUCUCGUCCUCCGAGCACGAGGCUCUUCACGACCGCAAGGGCAGUCGUGGGCAGUCGAGGUACUUGAUGACGGGCACUGGAGGGAUCAGCCAAGGGAUCGAUCGCCAGUCGUCAUCCAGGAUACCGUUAGGAAGGAAGGGUAGUCUACCGACGGCUGUCUUGUCCUCGCAGAUCAGGAAGGAGGACGCAUUAGAUCGGGGGAGGACGCCCAAGUCGGCCAUGUCGACAGCCAAGAGCAUUGCCACACCCUUGCAGACUCGGUCGUCGACUAUCCUAGAGAGCCACGUCAAGAAGUCGCUCAUCACCAGGGACUGCUUUGCCUGGAGCAAGGAUGCUACCUUGUUAGAAUCCUACGAAAACCUGGGAAAGAUGGUGUCAGCAGUUGUGAGCACCUUCCGGUACCCCGCAAAGAACACUGUUCCCCAGCUGGGAAAGCACUCAGGGUAUCUCUGA